AUGUACUUAAGUACGAUCGCUGUCGUCGCUCAGUGUAUCCUAGCCGCGUUUGUGGCCCGGGUGAUCUACCUGUGCUACUUCCAUCCGCUCGCGCGCUACCCCGGGCCUUUCUUAGCCCGCUUUACCAAUCUCUGGCGGCUUUUCACCUUUCUUGGCGGUCAACAUCAUCUCUCAGAACAGCAUCUGCAUGAAAAAUACGGCCAUGUCGUUCGCGUAGCCCCGAAUUGGCUUUCAUUUUCAGGGAUACAAGACUUUGAUGCUAUAUACGGCUUUAAUAAAUCGGUCGAGAAAGAUGACUUUUACACCUUUGGCCGUGGGAACGCCAACCGCGUACCCAGUAUCUUUUCUACAAAAACCGAUGCAGAUCACCGACAGAAAAAACGUAAAGUCCUGGGCCCGGCUUUGACGAGCGCGAAAGUCGCUAGAUAUGAGCCUGUGGUAGCGAAGCAUGUGAAUAUCUUGCUUUCGCGAAUAGAAACCGAGUCUACGUUGCGACGAGUUGACAAAACAACCACGGUGAAUAUGGCACCGCUGGUGCAUCGGUUCACUACAGAUGCCAUGCUCGAGCUUAUCUAUGGCCCUGAGGUUGUCUCACAUCCGUAUACCGACUCUGCCACCGGGGGUGAAAUGUGCUCAACCUUGCGCAAGAUGUCCAAGAUGGCAUGGAGUUUCUCGCUAUGUCCAACCUACGGCAGGAGUAUAAACAGCCGUCCAAUAAGUGCACUGUUGCGCAAAGUGGCCAACAAGAAAGGUGAUCUUAUGGCGUUGACUGCUCUCAUGGCUUCGAGCCACGUGUUAAUAUUUCGGCGUCGAGAGGUUAGCGAACCUGAACAGCCCGGGAUUGUGCACAGCUGGUUGGGGGUUCCUCCUAAUGACCCCAAUCGUAUGACUCAAGAUGAAGUCUUUUCAGAGGCAACCAACCUGGUGUUUGCGGGGCCGGGUAGCAUGGCCGCAGCUCUAACGGCCACCGUCUACCAAUUAGGAACAGAAGCCGGCCAAAAAUGGCAGGAGAAACUGCGAAAACAGACCGAUGUAUCUUUAGAGCUGCAGGCAGUGAUUAAAGAAUCUCUACGCCAUCGCGCUGCGUUUCCUACAGCUUUUCCUCGGGUCAUCACACCCGGCGCCGAAACCGUAGUCUCGAGUCUGUCAACUCCGCUUCCCGUUGGUACGACCGUGUCGGCAAAUACCUAUGUUCUAGGCCGGUCGCGUGAAAUUUGGGGUGAUACUGCAGAUCAAUGGCUCCCACAGCGAUGGUUAGGAGAUGAGUCGCAACGUCGGGAGAUGGAAGCUAAACUGGUCGCCUUCAGCAAAGGGCCACGAGGCUGUGUUGGUAAAGAUCUAGCUUGGCUGGUCCUUGCGAAAGCAUGUGACAUCAUGUCUACCCCAGGGGCUCUUCCUCAGACCCUUCGUUCUAUCACUGAUAUCAAGAUUAGUGAGCUUUCCAAGCAACGCUCGCUGUUUCAGAAGCAACGAGAGCAAAUUCUCAAAGCAGCAGCAAACGCUCCCGACUUGCGAUCUAAGGCACAAGUCCUCUUGGAAGGAGUCACCAAGCUCAAUGGCUACGCGAACGACGCUUUCGACCGGGAAGAUCUAGACACGUAUCCCGAAGAGCCUGAGACUACGGUGGAGAAUGGGACCGCCCGUGCCGCUCAUGUCAAUAUUCGUCGCUUUCUUCUGCAGAGCCAGUAUGACCCGUCGGUGUCAGAUCGAAGCCUUAAAGGUUGGGUCGCGCAGCUUGAGGAUGAAGUCAAAGUUUUGCAACUUCGCCACGAACAUGCUUCCUUCUAUAGCAGCCUCGUUACAGAGUGGUUGGCCAACCUUGAAUCGGAGGGAGACUCCGCUGCCGCGACUGAAGAGCAAGGCGCCGGACUCGAGCCGGUGGGACGUGCUGAAAUGCAUGAGCAGCGAGCAACUUGGGAGCAGUAUGUGUUCCACGAGGCGAGCGUGGAUGAGAAAACGAUCAAUGCGUACCUUGACCAACUCUUCACAAAGACGAACUUAUCUCAGCAAGCAUUGAAAGAUCUACGCCUGAAGAUAAAGACCUUUGGAGAUGAACUUACGGCGAAAAGGACGUGGUUUACCGUUGAUGACCUUAAGUGGGUGAGCAAGGCACUCCUGAAAUCGGAUCUUCUCACCAGGGAAAAAUCAGCCAUCCUGAAGGACUUCAUGCUCAACAAGUCUGUUGCCCAGGAGGUAGCGGACGUUUUGAAUAUGCGCCUUGCGUCUCUAGAGAGCUGGCACUGGCCGUCCGAAGGCGUCCCUAUGGAAAUGCGUCGUCACCUAAACGGUAAAUACCGGAUGUUCAUGGAUGAAGAUCUGUUGGACAGUCUUCUUUUCCAAUAUCUCGGGCUAAAGUGGGCGGUGACUUUUCGCUCUGCAUUUGUCAACUUCCAGGGCACUCGCGCCUGGAAAAACUUGCGCGAGUAUAUCCCUAAGACGGAGAGGGUACGACGUCAACAUUUCCUUGGCAAGGAAAGGCGUUAUGGCAUCAGUUGCGUGAAUGAUUACAGACGCGAUACGUACAAGACCCAGUACUUCAUGACUCAAUUGCCUGCCUCGGUAAAAUCUGGCACACGAGAAUAUGAUGAUGACAACGACUUCACCGACGUUGUGGAAAACAAAAAGAACGUCCUAGAAACGAAGCACUCACUCCUUCAUCUUCUGAUUACUGAGUCUAUCAUGCACACCAGGCUUCAUGGACAAUUCACGGCCAUCCAGUCAGAUUUCAAGUACUUUGGCCCGUCUCUCCCACAUACCACGAUGCUCACAGUGUUGGCCUACUUUGGCGUGCCACAGAACUGGCAUGAUUUCUUCAGGAGGUUUUUGGAGUGCCCUCUCAAGUUUACUCAAGAUGGGCCGGAUGCCGCGGUGCAAACCCGCAGACGCGGGAUCCCCAUGAGCCACACCCUCGCGGACUGCUUCGGGGAGGCUGUUCUGUUCUGCAUGGAUUAUGCAGUGAAUCAGAGCACGGAUGGCGCAUACUUGUAUCGCUUACACGAUGACUUCUGGUUUUGGGGCCAGGAGACGACCUGUGUAAUGGGCCUUGAAUUUAAUGAAGAGAAGACCGGGACGCCAUACCAAGGCUCGUCUUCCUCCACAGAGCCCGGGAAACCCGACGCUUCCGACUCCCUACCCACCGGCGAUAUUCGAUGGGGUUUCUUGAAGCUUGAUGCCGAGGAAGGCCGAUUUAUUAUUGAUCAAGAGCAAGUGGACAGCCACAUCUCGGAGCUACAGCGUCAGCUCGCCGCAUGCAAAAGCAUCUUCUCCUGGGUCCAAGCAUGGAACAGUUACUUCGGUCGCUUCUUCGCCAAUAAUUUCGCCAAACCGGCCAUGUGCUUCGGACGGAGCCAUAUUGACAUGGCCAUCUCCACCCUUAGCCGUAUCGAACGCACCCUAUUCCCCGAUAGUCCCAGCGGAGUCACUGAUCAUCUUCGGAAGACAAUUGCCGAACGGUUCGAUAUCCACGAUCUCCCGGAAGGCUUCUUCUACUUCCCUGUUGAAUUCGGUGGGCUAGAGCUCACGAACCCGUACAUCCCCCUUCUCGCCAUGCGCGAGGACAUCAAGCAAACGCCCUCCGGCCGCCUCCAAAUGGCCUACACCGAGGACGAGACAGAAUACCACGCUGCCAAAGAACGAUUUGACCGAAACGGGCCUGAAGAACCAGCCUCUGCUGAAGUUUUCGGUGACGAUGAGGACCCAACCGCUUUCCUCUCUUUGGAAGAGUACACACGGCAUUCAGAGACGUAUAGUCGCAACCUUCUCGACGCAUACAAGGAUCUCAUCGGCGUUCCGGAGGAACUGAUGAUCAACCAGUCGCCGAAACUCCGCUGGAACCAAAUGAUGCUGGACAGGGGCAUCAGCACCCGUAAUGUCAUUUCGGAUUCGUGGAGCUCCAUGUCGUCCUACUGGAAGUGGACAGCGGAGCUGUACCAGGGAGAGAUGCUGAAGAGGUAUGGAAGUUUGGCCGCGGUGAAUCGGGAAUUCAUGCCAUUGGGAGUUGUGCAGACCCUGAAGGAAGGGAAGUUCCGGUGGCAGGGCUAG